UAUUGAUAACUUUCUCUGUCUCUCUCUCCAUAAGCUGUUCAUCUCCCCCAACCACAACAAACCAACUAGCUUUGCUUUGGUCUCUGUCCUGGACAAGAGCAUCAUCCUUAAUCCCCUUUGUUUUUUUUUUUUGCAAUUGGUUUGUCUGAAGAAUAUUUUAGGAAAAAAAAAAAAAGAAAACUUGGAGAAGAAUGAGUGAAAAGGAAUAAACAAAUUCUAAAGCCUCAAAUUUGGAAUAUUCCCAUUUCUCAUCUUCUUUUCUUCCUUACUGAUUCGUGACCUCUGUUUCAUUUUUUCUUUUUGUUUUUUCAAUCUCUCUGUUCCUCGUAACAGUAAAGCUUCAAGGCUCUCCCUUUGAUCGGAUGAUUCUUAUCACUUUCUCAAUCUGAAUCUUUCGAUUCUCAAAUCGUAUUGGAUUUUUAGAUCUGGUGCUGUAAUAACAACAAACCAGCUGCUCUGUUUUUUUUUUUUUUUAAUUAAAGUUUCAAAAUUUGAGAGCUUGUUUGCGAAUUGCUGUAAUGGAUUUGGAUGAUUUCCGGACGGUUAUGGACAACGCCGGUGUCGAUGUUUGGACAUUUAUAGACACUGCGAUCCUCGUGGCGUCGCUUGAUUACGGUCACGAGCUGAAGCAGAGGAGAGAUAACAUCGUCGAGCGUCUCUACGCGACCUCCAUGGCCAACAAGUGUAGAAACUGCGAUUAUGGCGGCGGAGGAACCGUUGUGGAAGCUGCGGCUGGUGCUAGGGCUAAUGGGAGGGUUCACGAGGAGACGGAGGAAGAAGAAGAAGGAGAAGAAGUAAGAGAGAAAUCAGUUAAUGGUGAUGAUGAUGACGACGAUGAGGAUCCGUUUGCUGGUUUGUUUGAUGAUGAGCAGAAGAGUAUUCUUGAAAUCAAGGAGAAGCUUGAAGAACCUUAUCUGAGUGAAGAAGCUUUGGUGGAGUUGCUUCAGAAUCUGGAAGAUAUGGAGAUAACAUUCCAAGCUCUUCAGGAAACUGAUAUUGGGAGGUAUGUGAAUCGAGAUCGAGUCCGGAAGCAUCCAUCCAACGAAGUUCGGAGAUUAGCUAAACAACUUGUCAAAAAAUGGAAAGAAACAGUGGACGAAUGGGUCAAAUUCAACCAGCCUGGUGAUCUCCAUCCUCCUAGUUUAAUAGCUGAUGAGGACUCACCGCAGCAGAGAGCUGUCCACCAACAGGUUCCUGACUUUGGGUAUUCGCCAGCUCCUCAAGCAAGCAAGCAUAGUAACAUCACUAAGCCAGAGAGGAAGCCUAGACCUGUUGCUCCUCCUCCUCCUCCUCCUCCUCCUAGGAGAGAAUCUCCUUCUCCUGCUAAACCUUCUCGUCCUUCUCCUUCUCAACAACAACCCAUUCAGAGGGAGAAGGAGCAUAAAGAAAUUGAUUUUGACUCUGCUCGGAAAAGACUACAACAAAACUACAGACAAGCUGAGAAUGCUAAAAAGCAAAGGACUAUACAGGUUAUGGACAUUCAUGAGAUCCCUAAACCCAAGAAAGGUGGAUUUUUCCCAAGAAAAGGAGGGAGUUCUCAGGGAGGUGGUAGACACUGGUAGACUAAAUGAAGAAGAUGAUGAAGAGAAUUGAGUGAACCGAGUUAGUAGAGGAAUUUAAAAGACAGAGAACAAAGCUCUGUUUUUUUUGAGACAGGCACAAGAGGAAAGACGGUGAAAUCUAAAAAAAAUGUUUGGAAUUAAGUUGGUGGGUACACUUGUUUUCCAUUUUGUUAUUAUAUUUUUUAUUUGCUGAUUAAGAACAUAACUUUGUUGGAUUUUAUGAAUAAUAUAUUCUCAAAAUCAUGUUUACCA